CACCAUCGUAUUAAGACCUAUUCUGCUGCUUGUCCUACUCCGCAUCUUAAGUGUUUGCGCUACAAAAUGGUCGCUCAUGGAAUCACCUUCGCCGCCCUCCUCCUCGCCCUGGCCGCCCUCACGCACGCAGCCGACACCACCCACAAAGACGACGCACGACUUUUCUACGACGACAAAGAAACCUCUCUCACCAUCGGCGCCGAGAGCCUCAUCUACAUCGGGGUCAUCUUCGUCGGCAUACUCUUGUUCUCGUCUUUCCUGGGCCUCUUCGGGACAUCGGCCAAGACUGCUCAGCCCUACGCCUCCGCUACCGGUUACGGUGCCUCAGCCCCAGCCUACGAUGAGAAGACCACCUUUUCCGUCCAACAAUUCAUUGAGGAUGCUGUCAACAAAUUCCAGUAGAGACCGCGAGAACAAAUGCAUAUCCUACUUAUAAUGGAAAAUGCUGAAAGAAAAGGAUAUUUUCGUUAUUAUGAUAGUUACUUCUAUCCAUACAUGCCAAAAUAUCCUGUAUAUAUUUAUUCUUUGAUGUUUUCUCCCGGUCAACACAGAAAACGAUUGAUUUGUU